GAUUUUUUUAGUUGGAUUGGACUAUUACAAAAAAAUGCCAAAAUUCUUUUUUUAGGGUUAGAUAACGCAGGAAAAACAACAUUAUUACAUAUGUUAAAAGAUAACAGAAUUUCUACUCACGUACCAACCUUACACCCUCAUUCAGAAGAACUAAUUAUAGGAAAAAUUAAAUUUAAAACGUAUGACUUAGGCGGUCAUGAAACAGCUCGCCGAAUAUGGAAAGAUUAUUUUACAACUGUUGAUGCAGUAAUAUUCAUGGUAGAUGCAGCUGAUCGAACAAGAUUUAAUGAGGCUGCUAUUGAACUUAAAAGUUUGCUGGAAUCACAAGAAUUAGCUUUGAUUCCUUUUGUUAUCCUUGGAAAUAAAAUUGAUCAGCCAGCAGCUGCUUCAGAGGAUGAAUUACGUCAUGCAUUAGGAUUAUAUCAUAGUGUAACUUAUGGCCGUGAUCCAAAAGGUGAAAGUGGAAUAAGGCCAAUUGAAGUUUUUAUGAUUAGUGUCGUAAAACGUAGAGGUUACAUUGAAGCAUUUAAAUGGUUAUCCCAAUUUUUAUCUUGA